AACCGCUGCAUCACUCUUUCUUCAAAUUAUUUUUCACAUAAAUUCUGCAUUUAGUUUCAUGAUUCUGCAACACUCUUCAUUUCAUUGAUCUUGAACGGUGUUUCAACAUGGGAGGUAUCAGUCUUGAAGAGAUCAUCAAGAACGAGAACGCUGAUCUGGAACGGAUUCCGGUGGAGGAAGUGUUUGAGCAGCUGAAAUGUUCGAAAGAAGGUUUAUCGUCCGACGAAGGAGCGAAUCGGCUUCAAGUUUUUGGUCCGAACAAAUUGGAAGAGAAAAAGGAGAGCAAGUUUUGGAAGUUUUUAGGGUUUAUGUGGAAUCCUUUGUCAUGGGUUAUGGAAGCUGCUGCUAUUAUGGCGAUUGCUUUGGCUAAUGGAAGUGGAAGACCUCCGGAUUGGCAGGAUUUUGUUGGUAUUAUUUCUCUGUUGGUUAUUAACUCAACUAUCAGUUUCAUUGAAGAGAAUAAUGCUGGAAAUGCUGCUGCUGCUCUCAUGGCUGGUUUAGCCCCCAAAACAAGGGUUCUCAGAGAUGGUCGCUGGUCUGAAGAAGAUGCUGCAAUUUUAGUCCCUGGUGACAUAAUCAGUAUUAAAUUGGGAGAUAUCAUUCCUGCGGAUGCUCGUCUUCUUGAGGGGGAUGCUUUGAGUGUUGAUCAGUCUGCCUUAACUGGAGAAUCUCUUCCGGCAACGAAGAAUCCCUCGAAUGAAGUCUUUUCUGGAUCAACUGUUAAGAAAGGUGAGAUUGAAGGGUGGACUCCGUUCUUUGGGUGUUGCUAGACAGGUCUUGAAAUUUGAUAUUACUGUUAGCAUUUAUAGUUUAUUCGACUUAUUUGAAUAUCCUUAUUUUAUUGCUUAAUUUCACUUAAAAAUCUUUAGCAA